CUUGGAAUGGAAAGUGGUGAUAUUAAUGAUGAACAAAUCACAGCAUCAAGCGAACGUGAUAUUAAUCAUAAGGCGGCAAAUGGAAGAUUAAAUUUUACACCGCGGGAUGGAAGAAGAGGGGCGUGGUCAUCAAAGCACAAUGAUGUUAAUCAGUGGUUUCAGGUUGAUUUCCAAAGAUCUACUCUGGUGACUGGGAUCAGCACCCAAGGAUGGGCCUCGAAAAAUCAAUUUGUAAAGAAUUACACAAUAUCUUUUAGGAACGAUGGAGUAGAUUUCCAGAGUUCUCCGCAGAAAUUCCAAGGUAACAUCGAUCGCAUUUCCGUUGUCCAUCACACGGUGAUUCCUCAUAUUUCAGCUCGGUUCAUUCGCAUCCAUCCAACGGCCUGGAAUAAACAUAUCUCGAUGAGAGUCGAAUUUUAUGGUUGUUCUUUGGUGUAA